UCCGUUAUGUUACUGUGGUCGGACGGUGUUACGGAGUCAGAAUGGUUUCCCAAGCUGCCUCCAAAUAAGUUUUAAAAACACAUAUCAACUGGCCGAAGUGAUUCACAGCGAGGCUCUGACCCGGGCCACAGCCCCUGUGAUUCUCCAUUACAUCGAUAUAGACACGCACAACAUCACUGAAACGGUAGUGCUAGCACAGCUCAGCAGAGCUCCGCGGGGCCCCGGCGAGGCGCGGCGGGAGCAGAUGGAGCCUGCACCGGCAAAGGCGAAGCCACAGGGCCGGCUCCUGGUGUCCACCCAGCUGGAUGCCAAAGACGAGUUAGAAGAGAGGUUGGAGCGCUGUGUUGGAAUCGUCCAGACGUUGAGCAAUGGGCUGUCGGAAAGGGAGGCAAACGAUGCACUCACUGCCAGCGUGUGUAAAGGACAGCAGCAGCAUGAGGAGGUGUGUCUGGGUCUAUUCACCCUGGUCCUCACAGAGCCGACACAGGCCACGAGGUGCUACAGGGACCUGACACUGGUCAACAGGGAUGGAAUGAACAUCAUCCUGGUGAAAAUCAACCAGAUCCUGAUGGAGAAAUUUCUCAAACUGCAGGAGGUUCCAAGAUCACAGCUGGUGUGGCUGGUCAAAGAAUUGGUCAAAAGUGGAGUCAUGGGAGCCGAUGGUGUCAUCAUGACUCUUAUGAAACAGAUCGCAGGAGGAGACAUCUCCACAAAGAACCUCUGGUUAGCAGAGAACGUCUUGGAAAUCCUCGUCGAUCAAAAGGAGUGGGUGUUGAAAAGUGGGAUGCUAAUAGCGAUGUCAGUGUACACCUACCUCCGUCUGAUUGUCGAUCAUGGAGCGCCCAACUUGCUGCCUCUGCGUCAGAAAGAAGUGGACUUCUGCAUCAGCAUGCUGCGGGAAAAGUUCAUGGAGUGCCUAAUCAUUGGCAGAGAUCUGGUUCGUCUGCUACAGAAUGUCGCUCGGAUCCCAGAGAUGGAGCUGCUGUGGAGGGACUUGUUGCACAACCCACAAGUCCUCAGUCCUCAGUUUACAGGAAUCCUCCAGCUUCUGACGGCUCGAACGUCUCGUAAAUUUCUAGCCUGUCGACUGACUCCAGAUAUGGAGACUAAGCUGCUCUUCAUGACCUCCAGGGUGCGUUUCGGGCAGCAGAAGCGGUACCAGGACUGGUUUCAGAGACAGUACCUGUCCACAGCAGAGAGCCAGUCGCUGCGCUGCGACCUGAUCCGAUACAUCUGUGGCGUCGUCCAUCCCUCCAAUGAGGUGCUGAGCUCCGAUAUCUUGCCACGCUGGGCUAUCAUUGGCUGGCUGCUCACCACCUGCACAUCGAAUGUGGCUGCUUCCAAUGCCAAGCUGGCUCUGUUUUACGACUGGUUGUUCUUCAACCCAGAAAAAGACAGCAUCAUGAAUAUAGAACCAGCUAUCUUAGUGAUGCAUCACUCCAUGAAGCCUCAUCCUGCCAUCACCGCCACUCUGUUGGACUUCAUGUGCAGGAUCAUCCCUCACUUCUUUCCUCCGCUGGAGUCUCAGGUCCGUCAGGGCGUGUUCAAUUCACUCAACUUUAUCAUGGAGAAGAGGGUGCUGGCUCACCUUGCUCCACUGUUUGAUAACCCGAAACUGGACCGAGAGCUCAGAUCAAUGCUUAGAGAACGGUUCCCCGAAUUUUGCAGCCCGCCAUCCCCUCCCACUGAAGUGAAGAUGGAGGAGGCUGCUUCCAUGGACAUGGACAACCACGUCCUGGACAAGGAGGAGGGUUGUUAUGACCACACGGAAGCUGCUUUCAGCGACGACGAGGAGGAAGUCAACAAUAAAGGAAAGAAGAGGGAGUUCCGGUUCCACCCAAUCAAAGAGGCCGUGGUGGAGGAGCCCGCCGAUAUCACGCCCUGGCUCGACCAAUUAGACGACACCAUGAAGGAGAAGGUGCAGCAGAUUCAGAAGACGAGUGACACGGAGACCCAGUGUGAGGUGAUGCAGGAGAUCGUGGAUCUUAUCCUGGAGGACGACUUUGACACAGAGCAGAUGUCUGCUCUGGCUUCCUGCCUGGCUGAACUGUUUAAAGAUCACUUCAGAGGGGAGGUCCUCCCUGAGGAGAUCACUGAGGAGUCUCUGGAAGAGUCUGUGUGCAAACCCGUCUGCCUGAUCUUCAGGAACCUGGUCACCAUGCAGGAGGACAACAGCGGCUUCUCAGUGCUGCUGGACAUGUUGGCAGAACUUUACCAGAAGCAGCCAAAGAUUGGGUACCACCUGCUGUACUACCUGAAAGCCAGCAAAGCGGCGAAUGGCAAGAUGAUGCUGUACGAGUCGUUUGCUCAAGCCACGGCCCUCGGUGACCUGCACACGUGUUUAAUGAUGGACAUGAAGGCGUGUCAGGAGGACGACAUCAGGUUGCUCUGCUACCUCACACCGUCCAUUUACUCUGAGUUUCCAGAUGAAACGCUACGAAGCGGCGAACUGCUCAACAUGAUUGUAGCUGUUAUUGACUCCAUGCAGUUACAGGAGCUGAUGUGUCAUGUAAUGAUGGGUGACCUGGUGAUGUUCCGGAAAGACUCUGUUCUAAACAUCCUCAUCCAGUCUCUGGAAUGGGAAACCUUUGAACAGUACAGCACUUGGCAGCUCUUCUUGGCCCACAGCAUCCCCCUGGAAACCAUUAUCCCCAUCCUUCAGCACCUCAAGUACAAAGAACAUCCAGAGGCUUUGUCCUGUUUGCUGUUGCAGCUUCGCAGAGAAAAGCCAAGUGAGGAAAUGGUAAAGAUGGUCUUGAGUCGACCGUGUCACCCCGAUGACCAGUUCACCACCAGCAUCCUUCGACACUGGGCGUCAAAAUACGACGACACGCUGGGAGAACACAUCAAAGCUCAGCUGAUCAAGAACAACAACCAGCCCCGCAAGAGACAGAGUCUUCGUAGUUCGAGCAGUAAACUGGCUCAGCUGACCCUGGAACAGAUCCUGGAGCAUUUGGACAAUCUGAGACUGAGUCUUAGCAACAUGAAGAACAACUUUUUCACUCAGACUCCCAUCCUUCAGGCUCUGCAGCACGUUCAGGCCAGCUGUGACGAAGCCCACAAGAUGAGGUUCAGCGAUUUGUUCGCCCUCGCCGAGGAGUACGAGGACUCUCAGGCAAAGCCUCUGAAGUCUCGGAGAAAAGCUCCGGCCUCAUCGCCUCGCUCCAGGAAAGGAGUAGCGCCACCAACCAACAACGAGGAGGAGAGCGUCUCCAGUAGUGCCUCGGAAGAGGAAGACUCAAAGCCCAAAGCACCGAAGAGGAAGCGGAAAGGCUCGUCUGCGGUCGGGUCGGACAGCGACUGAUGAACCCUAUGGCCAAUCAGACGCCAAAAACGCCGACCAGCUGGGGCCCCCGGGGUGGGACUUUACAUCCACGCAGCGGGCCGUCUUCUUCAUGAAAUCAAUGUUGUUCCCAUGGAGACGAGGAACGGCUGGUGGGGUGGGGUGGGGUGAUCCUCCAUGACGCUCUGCGAGGAGAAACCACAAACUCUUGAUCCAAAUGAACUAAUUUUUAACAGUGGACAUGAUGAGACUGACCCCUGUACUUAUUUUUUUCCUGGAGGGGGCGUGGACUCAUGACUUCCUGCUGUUUUUAGCAGCUCCUUCCUGUUUGUCUUUCUGCAGUAAAAACUUUUCAUCUGUU